GCCCCGAGCCGGAGCCGGAGCCGCCGCCGCCUCCCCCCGCCGCAGCAGCGGCCUCCACGGGCUUCGAGGCGGCCAUGAUCCCCGCUCCGCUCGCAGCGCCAGCCGGGGGCAGGGCGGAGGGAGCGAGAGAGGGGUCACCGGAAACCCGCCGCAUGCCGGGAAGGGGUCAAGGGGAAGCACUUCCAUGCGCCGCGCGGCCGGGCUCGUCGCAGACAAGGGGCGGCGGCGCCACCUGCCGGCGGAGCUGCGUAAGUGCAGUGCCAGCCCCUCCCCUGGGGCUCAGCCACAGAAGCGGCGGCGCCACCUGCCGGCGGAGAGAGGCCAAGCUUUCGUCCAUCCAUAUGACAAGACUUCAUGCAUCUACCAAAACCCCAUCUUCAGGCCACUUGAGGGGCUGCAAGGAAUUUCAAGAGGGCCAAGAUGUUAAAUGCCAUUGUCACACAAAGGCAUGCAAAAUAUCCUCACCAGAUGGCUUGGGAUCAACAAGUAGAUCAAACGCGAUCCAGGAAUUUUCAGAAUCCUUUGAGAAGCAACUGCAUUUCAAAAUCAAGCGCUCAGUUUCUUUGCAACCUGAGGGCAUGAAGGAGAGGAGAGAGCGAGCAAGAAUGUGCAUGUCCAAGAGCAGAUCUCACAAGAAAGAGGGAGGGAAGAGGGAGCCAAAGACAGAGCAGAAGGAAGAAGAAAGACCAGAGAUUUCUGCUGGAAAACAAAGCUAAUAGCUUCCAUCCUAAGUAGGCAUUAAAAAGAGAGAUUUAUAUAUUAAAGGUUACAGUGUAUUGGAGCCAUUUACUGAAAGAGUAAAGUGAGUUUUGUUUUGAUUAGAUGGAAGAGGCCAGUUAGCUAAAGUAAAGUAAACCCUAAUAUUUAAAAUAAAAUUAUUGCAGUGAUACCUUUGA